CAAUAACACACACAUACUUUUGUCUUAUUUUCUUAACUUGCGUAGGCGAAUUUCUUAAUUUUCGAAUUAAGAACGGUUCAAAAUUUAUGUAAAACGUCAAUAUUGUAUUUGCAAACACUUUGCUUUAGGCAACAGCGCUCGCGGCAGCUGCAAACAAGGCGUUUCGACAUACAAACAACACAACAAUAUGGGAAAUACGGAUUCCAAGCUGAACUUUCGCAAGGCGAUUGUACAGCUGACGCAGAAGAAUCAGAAAAUCGACAACAGCGACGAACAGUUCUGGGAUCAAUUCUGGCAGGGUCAUCAGACGACGCUGGAGGAUGUGUUCGCUUUGGUGACCGCCAGUGAGAUACGUCAAAUACGAAAUGAUAAUCCCGCCAACUUGGCUACACUCUGCUACAAGGCGGUGGAGAAACUUGCCCAGGCUGUCGACAGCAGCUGUCGCACCCAGGCGGAUCAGCAGUGUGUACUGAACUGUGUCCGUCUAUUGGUGCGCAUUUUGCCGUACAUUUUCGAGGACGAUAAGUGGCGCGAUUUCUUCUGGAGCAAUCUGCCGGCACAGGAGCAGGCUAAUCAUGGCCAGACGGUGCCACUGGCCCAGUCGCUGCUUAAUGCCAUUUGUGAUUUAUUGUUUUGUCCCGACUUUACGGUAACGGGCACUCGUCGUGCUGGUCCCGACAAGGCGGAGGAGCUGGCGAACAUUGAUAGCUGCGAGUAUAUCUGGGAGGCGGGCGUGGGAUUUGCGCAGUCACCGCCUCGCAAUACCCACAUGGAGCGUCGACGCACCGAGCUGUUGAAGCUGUUGCUCACGUGCUUCUCGGAACCCAUGUACCGGACACCGCAGCAAUCGGAGGAACCAAACAAGUGGAUAGCGUACUUUACCUCUGCGGACAAUAGACAUGCACUUCCGUUGUUCACCUCAUUCCUGAAUACGGUGUGCUCCUAUGAUCCUGUUGGAUUUGGAGUUCCCUAUAAUCAUCUGCUGUUCGCGGACACUACGGAGCCACUUGUUGAGGCCUGUCUCCAGCUGUUGAUUGUUACACUCGACCAUGACAUGGUCAUCCAACAGCAGCAACAACAGCAGCAGCAGCAACAACAACAGCAAUUAACCCAUGCUGCCGGCGGUGUGCUGGCCACGCCCUACGACGAAGGCGGCUGCGGUGAUAAUCUGUUCAUCAACUACUUAUCCCGAGUGCAUCGCGAUGAGGAUUUCCACUUUGUGCUGAGGGGCAUAACCCGGCUGCUCAACAAUCCGCUGGUGCAGAACUAUUUGCCCAAUUCGACGAAACGCUUGCAUUGUCACCAGGAGCUGCUCAUACUGUUUUGGAAGAUUUGCGAUUACAACAAGAAGUUCUUGUACUUUGUGCUAAAGAGCUCCGAUGUGCUGGACAUUCUCAUACCCAUACUGUAUCAUCUGAACUACUCACGUGCGGAUCAAUCUCGUGUGGGUCUCAUGCACAUUGGUGUCUUUAUUCUUCUGCUGCUCUCGGGUGAGCGCAACUUUGGCGUGCGUCUGAAUAAGGCGUACUCGGCCACUGUGCCCAUGGAUAUACCAGUUUUCACUGGCACCCAUGCGGAUCUGUUGAUCACAGUGUUUCACAAGAUUAUUGCCACGGGCCAUCAGCGUUUGCAGCCACUGUUUGAUUGCCUGCUGACUAUUUUGGUGAAUGUGUCGCCGUAUCUGAAGACACUGUCGAUGGUGGCCAGUGUGAAGCUGCUGCAUCUCUUGGAGGCAUUCAGCACGCCUUGGUUUCUCCUCUCCGCACCCAGCAAUCAUCAUUUGGUGUUCUUUCUGCUGGAGAUCUUCAACAACAUUAUACAGUACCAAUUCGAUGGCAAUUCGAAUCUAGUCUAUACCAUUAUACGCAAGCGUCAUGUCUUUCAUGCCAUGGCCAAUCUGCCGACGGAUAUGUCCGGCAUUGCCAAGUGCCUGAGUGGCCGUAAGACAGGUGGCAAGUUCAAUUUACCACGAGUGCCGCAGCGGAAGCAAGCCUCAGCGUUGAACAGCCAGGAGCUGCCAUCGGCUCAGGUGCCCGAGGAUUAUGCCGACGAGGAGGAGGAGGAGGACGAGGAUGUCGAGGAUAUUGAUGUGCGCCUGGACAAGAACGCUGUGGCCGAGGAGGAUCUUGAAUCCGAAACGGAAUCCCAUGAUCGUUCACAGUUGGGUGACACCCAACAACUAGACGCUGGAGCUGUGCUGACGGCACAGCCAGCCGAGCCGGGCACGCUGAAGACCUCGCUCCUCGAAACGCCAGACAUUGGCCAAAUGACCGAACGGGAACAGGCGCAUCCCAAUGAGAAGACCGACAUUGGACCGUUCGAUAAGUCGCCUGUGUCUAGUCCACGAGCUGAAGGCGCCAAGUCUGCGUCGCCAACGUCGUUCUCACGGGAGGAUCAAACACGUCUCUCCGUGGCACAUCGUGGCAGCAUUCGCAUGGUGCCCAAUGAUGGCGAUCGCUGGACACCCACACCCGAAUGGAUUGUCUCAUGGCGGUCGAAGCUGCCGUUGCAGACGAUAAUGCGACUGCUGCAGGUGCUGGUGCCGCAGGUGGAGAAGAUCUGCAUUGACAAGGGUCUCACCGACGAGUCGGAGAUACUCAAGUUCUUGCAGCAUGGCACCCUGGUGGGUUUGUUGCCCGUGCCACAUCCCAUUCUCAUACGCAAAUAUCAGGCUAAUUCCGGCACCACCGCCUGGUUCCGCACCUACAUUUGGGGCGUCAUCUAUUUGCGUAACGUGGAGCCGGCUAUUUGGUAUGAUACGGAGGUGAAACUCUUUGAGAUUCAGCGUGUUUAAAUAAUUAGUUAGUGGAAUACCAAAACAACAACUAUGACAGCUAUACAAAAACAAAAACAACGUAGCUUACCCAAAAAAACAAAAAAAAGUAACGCUUUUGCAUUUACCGUAGAUAAUUUAUUUAGUUUAUAAUUCAUUCCAAAUUCUGUAAUGUGAAGUAUAUAAAUGUUUUAGGGGUUUCUCCAGGUGUAGUCAGAUAAAACCAAUCAUAAACCGAAAUGAGGCUUUAUCAGUUCUGUCAGAGCGUGUGUUCAUUGUUUAUCUUUUAUCAGUUAUCAAACUUUAAUUGGCUUUAAAUCAAUAUCAUUUUAUGCACUUUCAGUUAACCUAUUUAUUUCCGAUUAUAUUUAUUGUAGUGUAUUAUAAUUUGUCUUAUAGAAAGUGUUCCUUGUGCCGUAAUUUGCUUAAGUAAUUUAUUUGUCAGCACUAUUUUAGUCUAUUAACUGUAGAUUUAGUUUUCUCGAAUGCCUAAACUAUGUCUUUUUUAAAAAGUCUCUAAAAUGUGUAGAUAACCCCAAUUCGGUUUUAUAAACAUUGUAUUUUUGCUUUCCUUUUUAUCGGUAAUAAUAUACAAAUUCCAAUAUAAGUAUACAAAUAUUUAAAUAAUUUAUUACGUACAAACUAUUUGAAAAAAAUACCAAAAUCAAGCUUUAUUUGUUUGUAUAUUGAAUUAACUUAUUAUGUGCAAUGUGUGUGUUCUUUAGUAACUUGAAAUAUAUAACUAUGUACU